AUGGCUCGCAAAGGAGCUGUAAAUGAGAGCUGUCUCCUAAUUUUCAUGAUUAUUAUAUCAUUUCUACAUUUGUUUACUUGUCCCUAUACCAAAGUUGAAGAAAGCUUUAAUUUACAAGCAAUUCAUGAUAUUCUGUAUCACAGGUUUGAUUUUGAAAAGUAUGACCAUCAUGAGUUUCCUGGUGUGGUUCCACGCACUUUCUUUGGACCCCUGGUUAUAUCAGCACUGAGUGCCCCAAUGACCUGUGUACUUGUGCUCUUUCAAGCACCAAAAUUUUACACUCAGAUACUAGUGAGAGGAGUUCUUGGACUCUGUGUGAUUCUGUCACUAUGGCUGAUGCAGAAAGAAGUCCGAAGGCAGUUUGGGUCACUUGUGGCCAGUCUGUUCUGCUUCAUCUGCAUCACACAGUUCCAUCUGAUGUUUUACAUUACCAGAACUCUCCCAAAUGUGUUUGCUUUGCCUUUAGUUCUUCUGGCAUUCACCUCUUGGCUGGCCCAGAGACAUGGUGCAUUCAUUUGGCUUUCUGCUUUAGCAGCUAUUGUGUUUCGUUCUGAGUUGUGUCUCUUCUUUGGCCUGAUGUUGCUGAUGUCACUUUUGAACCGAAAAAUCAAUUUUGGACAGUUGCUUUACCAUGCUAUACCUGCUGGUUUUGUAUCUUUGGGUCUCACUAUCAUGGUUGACAGAGUUUUCUGGAAUAAGCUGCUCUGGCCCGAGGGUCAGGUAUUGUGGUACAACACAGUCUUGAAUAAAAGCUCCAACUGGGGAACUUCCCCUUUUCUUUGGUAUUUCUACUCUGCUCUCCCUCGAGCUCUUGCCAGCACAAUACUUUUUAUCCCACUUGGGCUGUUGGACAGACGGACAAGAAAGCUGCUCGUUGUAACCAUAGGUUUCAUUCUGCUGUACUCCCUUUUGCCCCAUAAGGAACUUCGUUUUGUCAUCUACACCUUUCCUGUGUUCAACGUGAUUGGGGCCUGUGGCUGUUCCUUUAUACUGAAGAAUUACCAAAAGUCACGGCUAUAUAAAAUUGGCUCCAUAGUUGUGGUAGGACAUUUGAUGUUAAACGCAGUAUACACAAGCAUUUCUCUGUAUGUUUCCCAUCACAACUACCCAGGAGGGAAAGCAAUGCAGGAACUACAUAGAUUAAUGCCAACGACAGCAGAUGUCUCAUUACACAUCGACGUACUUGCUGCACAAACUGGAGUCUCACGUUUUCUGGAACUAAACAGUAACUGGAGAUAUGACAAGAAGGAGGAUUUGACAGUUGAAGAUCCAGUUAUGAAAACGUAUUCACAUCUAUUAAUGGAAGUGAAUGCAACAAAGAUAUUGCUACUCAAAGACUCGCAUAAGCCUUUGGUGUUCAUUACCGGAUACCAAAGCCUUACAUUUGAGAUGUUCCAUUUUCCACCUCUCAAAAUUCAGCUAAACAAAAAACUUGUGCUUCUAGAAAGACAAUCAAACAAAGUAAAUGGAAGAUUGGACUAAAAUUUUUAUUUAUUCCUUUAGCUAAAGGAAGGGGCCAAUAAAUGUUUAUAAAAGUG